AUGUGUACCUGUUUAAAUUCAAAUACUCAACCAGAAAAAAUUGAAUUUUUCAAAGCUAGUAGUAUUUACUUUUCAAAAUGUUUACUUAAAUAUUCUAAAUAUUGUCCAAACUCAGUUAAGGAUCUACUGAAAACAAUUUCUAGUAUUGCAAUGAUAUCCAAUCUACCUGAUGAUAUUGUUGUGAAUUUAUGUGGAGUUAUUUUCCAUUCACUCUAUAUUAAUAAGCAAAAAGAUUUUAAUGUGGACUUUAAUACAAAGAUUAUUGAUCUAUUAUUUGAAAAAAAGAGGUAUUGGUGUUUAUAUUUACUCUCUAGGGAAGCUAUGAUUUAUAGCCAUCAUUCAUUAUCUGUAGCUAUUUUGAAAAAGAUAGAAGACAAGGUUGAAUGUGAAACAAACGCCUUCUAUCUUAAAUCUCUUCGCCUAUUGUCAGAAUCAGAAAAUUCCUUAAAUACAGAGGAUAAAUUCCAAAAAGAAAUAUCAAGCUCUGCAUUGGAAAAAUGUAAAAAUACUCUAGACGAAACUUUAAUGUUUUUAAAAGCUAGUGGAGUUAAUAAUUGUGGAUUCCAAAUAUCAUGGAUAACCCUUAGAAAGAAACUUAUUGAAACUAUUAAUAACUUUAUUCACCAUAUGGCAAAUCAUAACAAACCUACUUCUUUGAAUGAUACAAUUUUUCAUCAUCAAGCACAAUUAUUCAUUGUUCUCAAUGACAAAUUUAAUGACAUGAUCAAUUCGUUUUUCGAUAUUGAUCAUAAUAGUGCAAGAUUAUUGGGCCUUCAAGCAUUAAUGUGUAGAGUCUUGGCCAAAUCUAUUUCAACUAUUAUGGUUGAGCAACACAUUCCACAUCCAGUUUUUUCCAAGAUUAUUCAAUCUAACACUGAUUCUAAAUUAGACCCUUUAUAUGUGCAAUGUGAACACAUCCUGUCCCAAAUUGAAAAAUAUGAACAAAAGAAAUCCAUUAAUAGCUACCUAGUAAUUCAUCAAAUUUUGAAUGCACUUUUAAGAAUAAGUACACCAAUACCUCAAUUCUUCUUCACCACCACUUCAAAUACAGCUCUCAAACUAGAAAUUGAAAUUAAUAACAAUCACAACAUCUUUAACAGACCAAUAAGUGGAAUUCUGGGUCAAGGGUUGGUUGCCAAAUUUUCUGGAUACAUCACCCAACAUAAACACACAAAAAGAAAGGUUAAGGCUAUCCAUCUAACAAUUGAAAAGAGAUUAGUUACUUCUGAUCUGAAUAUUUUCCAACCACUCCAACAGGAAAAUGUACAAAAUUUUAUUGUUCCAGUUAUUGAGCAAUCAUUCCAAAAGAAAUGUAUUUGUCAUUUCAACACUGAAGGAAGAUAUCAAUUAGUAAUCAAAACUCAAAUGAUUGAUGAAAAUGAUUGUUAUAUUUGGUGGUCCAGCAACUUGGCCAACUCUGAUUCAACUUCGUAUGGAAAUGAUGAAAGGAAACACAUUUCAAUCCUAGUUGACGUAAAACCAUAUCAACCAACAGCUAAUAGAUCUGUGAUGGGUAGUGUUUUGUAAUAUUUUAAUGAUAUAAAUUUUUAUUCCUUUC